AUGUUGUUUCCUUUCCUCCUCUACGGGACUGCACAUUUUCUCACGGCCGCAAAGGGAGAGGUGGUUCAGGAUUUUAAAAACUGCCUCGAGUUCUUCUUGGACAAGAUGCCCCCCGGAGAGUCUCUGACGCCACCCAGGGAAGCCAAGAUCUGCCAGUUCUACAAGAACGCCUAUCGCUUUGCCACGAUGUACGACCGCGAGAAGCGGAUCCCCAUCUACUCGGCUUACAAGUGUAAACCUGGGAAGGGACACAGAUAUCAAGGGUGGAUGAUAGAGCCGCAGCUCGUAGAUCCCACUUUGGGGAAGAGCAUGGAAGACGAGCGUGAAACCAACGUUGCUGCCGCAGCGAUUAAGAAGAGCCAGGCCACUUUCGACGAUUAUGCGCAGGCCUUGAGCAUUGAAAAGGGGCACUUGAACCCAGUGAGCCAUCAACCGGAUGAAGACAGCAGAGCGGCCACUUCCACCCUGACCAAUAUCGUGCCCCAGUUUAGCAAGCUGAACGAAGAAGCCUGGGCCGACCACGAGAGCCGCGUCAAGAAAGAAGCCCAGGCUUGCCUUGAUAUGUACGUCCUCGUGGGAGCUGUGCCUGGGGACACGUAUAUCUCGGACCUCAGGGUCAAUAAGCCCAGCCACAUCUGGUCGGCGGCUUGCUGUGUGCUCGAUAACCAGCACAGAAAAUCCUGGGCUGCCCUUGCGAAAAACAGCGAGAAUGAAGUCAAGGAAUACAGUUUGGAGACCCUCCAGAAAAUCCUAGCUGAGCUUUAUGGGAAGAAGAAAGUGGAUCUUUUCAAUGGGUCCUGUAACUAGUGUGCAGCUGGUUGCAGGGAGAGCUGGUUUUAUCCCCAAGAUAGA